AUGCCGCGCCGCCGCCUCCUCCUCCUCCUCCUCCUCCUCCUCCUCCUCCUCGUCCUCGUCCCGCACCUCGGCCGCGCCGCCGCCCCCAGCGCGGGGAACAGCGCGGGGAACAGCACGGAGCCGCCGCGGGCGGCCCCACGGAACGAGACGCAGUCGGUGUGGGAGCACGAGCCCGGGCCGAGGCUGGCGGUGGGGUCGGGGCUGCCGGUGCUGAGACGCGCGGUUUAUGUGCUCAGCGCUCUGUCGGCGCUGGCCGCGCUCUACUUCAUGCUGCGGGCGUUCCGCUCCGAGGGCCCCAGAAACAAGCCCAAAACUCAUUUCAGGUUGAAGAAGCCCCAGAGGAAGAAGUAUGGGCUGCUGUCGAGCCAGGAUGAGAACAUCGAGCUGGGCUCCCUCGACAGUGACGAGGACACCGUGUUUGAAAGCCGGAACCUGAGGCGAUGACUCGGGACAGAGCACUGCCUGCCUGGAAUGAUGGAGGGUCCAAUCCCAGUGGAAUCUCCAGUACUCAAAUUUUAUAUCUGCUUACAGUGACUUAACUAACAGUUUGAGCCCUUCCAUAGCUGGGGCAGGGGAGAGGGGACCAAAACUGUUUUCUUCACCUGCAUUCUUGAGGACAUUUCUGGGGAAGGAUGGGAGCUGUUCACUGCACAGGGAAGGGCUGAGGUAAAGGAGAUGCUUCUGGAUGAUUUUCAGCACCUGAGAUCUGAGCUGCCCCCGUGCCUCAUAUCCCUUUCUCCUUGCCCUGGAAGCAUCAGAUUCCUUCUCCAGGCAGAUCCUCUUCAUGCAAUAUUAGGUUACUUCUUUGGGAAGUGUCUCUGUAAUCAGCUUCUGGGAGGAGCUGUGAGAGCUCUGUUACACAAAAGGGGGUGGGAGGGUGAUAGUUCAGACAGAGCAGUUUUGGGAACGAGUUAAACGAGUUAAAUUUUGCAGGAUUGGCAAUUACUGGGAUAAUCCAGGUCAUUCAUGGGUUUACAGACGUGUUAACAAAUGAAAGGGGCCACAACCCAAAGGAAUAUUUCUCCAAAAGAGCUACCAAAAGGGCUGGGAAUGCCUAGACUCUGCCCAGCCCCAGUUGUGAGUUCACCAUGGACAUGUGUGACCUCUGCCAAGCUCUGCAUUUUUUGAUACCUGAGGAAGAGCCAGAUGUGAGCCAGGGAGUGUCACGGAGCAGUUGAUGACUGGAAAAGGGGGACCCCAACCCCUCUUGACUGUGAUUCAGGACAGCCCUGCAUAAUCCUGGAGUUUCAUUCCCUUGGCUGGUACUCAGCUGGCAUCUGUCCUGCAGCCCAUUGUUAUGUGGAUAUUUGGGAUCUGAUUGUAGGACCAAAGGUGAACGUGUCAGGAGGUGGGUGGUGGGUGGCUCUGCUGCUGAGUCAGUGAAAACUGCUCGCCAAGUGCAGAAUUCUGUCUGUGGCCGUUCCUUGGGAACCAGCAGCACAUCCUUAAAUCCCACUCCCCCCCAAGCUGGUAGUGCCUUUGGAGAACCCGAGGGAUUUGCCCUGCGGGCAGGGAGGAUCCCUGUGGCACCUUUAGGGUGAAAAAUUAGGGUAUUUACCUUUAGGUUGAAUACUUUAGAAUGUCUUUGGCUCCUUUCCUUUGGCUCCUUUCCUUUGGCUUGCAAAUCCCCUGUGGAUCAGGGGCACCGAGGACUCUUGGAGAAGGGACAGGGAUGUGCUGAUCAGGGGGAGGCUGGGGGCUGGCAGAUGCUGCAGGGUCUCUCCCGAGGCAGCUGAGGGAGUGCUGUGAUCUGUGCAAGUGGCCACGUUUUUCUGUUCAGGACAAGUGAGGUUUCCUGGAGAAAUCCCAGCCCCGUGGCAGCUCUGUCUCUCAUGUGCACAAAGGAUUUUAAAAUACAUACAUAUAUAUAUUUUUUUAAUAACACUGCCAUGUGCACACAGUGCAUGUGCCCUGUUUUCCUGUCCUUUGGAUCGUUUCACACCUAUUUUGGGUGUUCCCUGCUUGGAGCUGCUGCAGAUGGGAGCAGGCAGAGGUUCCAUGUGGGUAUCGCUGGGAUGGCUCCACCCGGCUGCAGCUUCCCUGGGGAUGAUCGGAGCUCUGUGAUCCAUGGGCAGGGAUAUUUCCUGAUCCCGCAGGGCUGCAUGUACUGGUAAUUCCCUGGCUCUUUCAUUCCCUCUGGAAAGUUGUUCCUUGUGCUGUUGAAACCAGAAGAGUCUGACUGUCCCAAUCCACUGCCAUUCUCAGUGUUUGACCAACACAUUCCUCAUCCUUCCUUCAGAGUGAUGACCCUGAGCAUUCCUUAGACUCCCCUCUUGUUGGGCAGGUGGGGUUUGCAAUUCUCAAGUUUCCUCACCUCACAGAAGUGGAAUAUCUGUUUGAUGUUAAAUUAUUCAGAUCAGAGGGAACCUCAAGCAGUAGGUCUUGCCCUGAAAAUAAUUCUGCUGGAAUUAACUUUGGCUGGAGCAGAUAUUUGUGUUUGAGCAGGGAAAGGCAUGCAGCAGGUGAUGUGGUGCCUGGGCUGGGCUGGGCUGUGCAGGUACCAGGGAAGGAAAUUGAGGUGCCAGCCUGGAAUUCCUACACAACUUCCAUAUUUUCAGAGUCUUGCUGGUCGCCUUUAAAGGGUGCAGGGUACAAAGGUGCUUGUGAGGCUGUCACUUGUCCUGGUCUUGGGCUGAAGACAGGUUGGAGCUGUUUCCACUUCCAUCCUGCCCCUCAACAGCAGUUGGCAUCUGGGUUUGCCCUUUGCAUCCCUGCUCUGCUCCGAGUCCUUGGAGGCCUUUUCUAAGAGGAGAGCACCGAGUGACAGAUCUGAGACUCCUUGGGGUGCUCAGCGUGAUCCCAUUUCUCCAGGAAGAAUCAGCUGGAUCACAUUCCUGCAGUGUGAGCAGUGCCAGGCCAGGGCAGGGGGUUUUGGGGUGGCUCCUGCAAAUAACAGCAGCUUUGAACACCUCACGUGACAUUUCCACAAAGGAGCAGUUCAGGUGUUCUUCCAUUACUCUUUCAGUUCCUCCACGUGUAUUUGAUACCCUCGUUUUAGGUCUCUCUGCUUCAGUUGGAUCUUCCAGCAGCUUUCCAGUUGUAGUUUUUCAGGCUAAACACAGGAAUGCAAACAGACCCAUCAGUGCCUGGUCCUGGGCAGGCUGAGACUUCACCAGCCACUGCUGCACUUUUCUUUCUCCUGAAUGAAUCAGGGUGUUGGUGCAGGUUCCAUGUGCCUGUUGGUCUGCAGGAUUCCUGCUCAUCCCACAAAAAGGAGCCAAUGGACCACGACCUGUAACACUCACCACACAACAGUCUGCUCUGAAUUAAUGCAAAACCAAUUUUACAAAGUUUACAUAAUCCCUCUGUUACCUUGGAGGCUUUCUGGGAUGGUCUGCUGCUGGUACCAGCCUGCCCAAACCCACUGGGCAGGGUUAAUGGGAUCCAUGGGAGCGGGGUGAGAUCAGCUCUCGUGGUUUUGUUCUGUGCCUGAGAUGGGACCUGCAGCCCUGCGAGUGCUGGGAGAGGGGCUGUGGUGGGAGUCAAUAAACAGCACUUGAGCACGUUGUUGUCUGAGCUCCCCAAGGAGCAGCUCUUGUUUUACCCUCCUGAACUGCUGAUCUGUCUUUAAACAGCCACUGGCCCUGUAUCGAGCCAUGGUUUUCUUGUCAUUGCAGCAUUCCCUCCCUUGUACCUGGUACCACUGGAAUAAAGCAUUCCAGCCCACCCA